GCUGCAGGUCGAUGACAGCGAGUCAGGGCUUUCUCAAACAGCCAGACGUCACCUUUAUCCGGAAAUGUCGCUCCUGUAAUGUGUCGUUGUGCUGUCAUUCACCGCUGAGGAAGCACCAGUCUCCUUGUGUUGGUAAAGGCUGUCGGCAUACGCGUCUUUAAAAGACCCGCCAGACCAUGAACUACGUGGGCCAGUUGGCAGGCCAGGUGUUUGUCCAGGUCAAAGAGCUGUACCGAGGCCUCAACCCCGCCACCCUCUCUGGCUGCAUUGACGUCAUUGUAGUGAGACAGCCCGAUGGAUCCCUGCAGUGCUCGCCUUUCCAUGUUCGCUUCGGCAAGAUGGGCGUCCUCCGGUCCCGAGAGAAAGUGGUGGACAUGGAGAUCAAUGGAGAAGCAGUGGAUCUGCACAUGAAGCUUGGGGACAAUGGAGAAGCGUUCUUUGUGCAAGAAACAGAAAACGAUCAGGAAGUGGUUCCCUCCUACCUGGCCACCUCUCCGAUCCUGUCAGACGGAGCCCUUCUGAUGAGCUCUUCCCUGAUGGGGAAGAAGAGCUCCGGGCCCCCCAUACAGACCCUGGGCUCCACGGGCAGCGUAGGAGAGGCUGGCGGCGUGUUGAUGAAGAAGAGGAGGAAGAGGAGGAGGAAGGCUCGGGCAGACAGCGUGAGGAGGGAGGAGAGCGGGGACUACUCCGAGGACGACGACAUGUUCACCAUAGACAUCAGCUCGGAUGAAGGGACAGAGAUGGAGAGCAACAGGACCACAGCUCGGGACGUCUUAAGAGACGAGACGACCGGCGGCUCUUUCAAACAGACUGGCAUCUACACUCGCUCAGAUGGAGAGUGGAGCCCGAUUCAGAGCCCUGGAAACUCUCGUCCCAACUCUCCAAAGAGCGACUCUGAGCUAAUGACCAAGCCGUCAGAGGCAGACAGUCAGAAUCCGGCCAUGCACUGGGCGUGGGGAGAGCUGCCACAGGCUGCCACGCCGUCCUUCCUCCCAGUGAAAUCCGACCCUCCACCAGUCUACCCAGUGUCCAUCCCCGUGUCUGAAAGCACACACUUCCGCGUGAUAACUCACGAGACAUCCUCAGAGCAGUGCGGACCCUGCUCUGAAAUAUCAGCACUCAGGCUGCUCAUGACGGAGGAGACCGCCGAGGAAACGGUCAUCUCGGUCGGGAUGGAGUCAGAACCCGCGAGGAUGGAGCCGCAGACAGUAAGUGCAGAGAUGAGGCCGGCUGGAGGUGCUGCAGCUCGUACGAUGUCUGACAUGGAGGAGACGAUGCCUCGUCCGCAGGGCAAGACCGACUCUCCAUCCAAGAGAAAAGACAAGAGAAGCCGCCACCUUGGUUCUGAUGGAAUUUACCUGGAUGACAUAACGGAGCUCGAGCCUGAAGUGGCGGCCCUUUAUUUCCCUAAGAGCGACGGUGGCGCAGCAGUGAGGAGCAUCUCAGACCCGGGCCUCCACGCCACCAGUCUGUCCCCACAGUCGGUCAGCUCUGGAGGAGACAGCGGAGUGGACAGCUACUGCGACACCAUGGCUGACUUCCCGUCCAUCACCAUCUCUUUGUGUGGAGGCCUCACUGACAACAGGGAGAUCACCAAAGAGCAGUUCCACGAGAAGAUCAUCUCUUACCAGCAGUUUGCAGAAAACCCCUCCAUCAUCGACGACCCCAACUUAGUCGUGAAAAUUGGUUCCAAAUACUAUAAUUGGAGCACUGCGGCUCCACUUAUGCUAGCUAUGCAAGCCUUUCAGAAACCACUGCCAAAGGUUGCAGUGGAGAACAUCAUGAAGGAGAAAAUGCCCAAGAAAGGAGGGAGGUGGUGGUUCUCCUGGAGAGGCAGGAACAGCAGCACCAAAUCGGAUUCGGUCUCAGAGCUCGGGGCCUGUGGCUCUGCUGAGCAGGCUGGGAAAAUGACAAGCAGACAUAAAGAAGAGUCAUCCUCAAGCGAUGAAGACCACAGGGCAGCCAAGCAGGGCUCUCCCACCGUCCAAUCAGAGCCUGGGUUCACACCAGGAGGCGUGUCUUAUAAGAAGACACUCCGACUCACGUCAGAGCAGCUGCUGUCUCUCCAGCUGCAGGAUGGUCCUAACGAUGUUGUGUUCAGCGUGACCACUCAGUACCAAGGAACCUGUCGCUGUCAGGGCACCAUCUACCUCUGGAACUGGGACGACAAGAUAAUUAUCUCAGACAUAGAUGGAACUAUCACCAGGUCAGACACGUUGGGUCACAUCCUGCCCACACUGGGGAAAGACUGGACCCACCAGGGCAUCGCACACCUUUACCACAAAGUCAGCCAAAAUGGCUACAAGUUCCUGUACUGCUCGGCGCGAGCUAUCGGUAUGGCUGACAUGACCAGAGGUUACCUCCACUGGGUCAAUGAGAGGGGCACCAUGCUUCCUAUGGGCCCCGUCCUUCUCAGCCCGAGCAGCCUCUUUUCAGCUCUGCACAGGGAGGUCAUUGAGAAGAAACCAGAGAAAUUCAAGGUGGAGUGUCUCAACGAUAUCAAGAACCUCUUCUACCCCAACAAACAGCCGUUCUAUGCAGCGUUUGGCAACAGACCAACGGAUGUUUAUUCUUAUAAAGAAGUAGGAGUGCCACUGAACAGGAUUUUCACAGUGAACCCUAAAGGCGAGCUAGUGCAGGAGCAUGCCAAGACCAACAUCUCAUCUUAUGUACGUCUGGGGGAGGUGGUGGACCACGUAUUCCCUCUCAAGAUGCGUGCUUCCUCCUCGGACUUCCCGUGCUCAGACACCUUCAGCCACUUCACCUACUGGAGGCAGCAGCUCCCUCAGGUGGAGCAUCAUGGAACUACACCCCCACAGACUCCCAGCCUUGGCAGCUGACUACCUUUGGCCUGCGAAGCAGCGUCCUAGCAGGCAGAGCGCCGACUGACUGAUGGCGUGCUUGAGAUGUAGCAGUCUUUGUGUGUGAUGUGAAUUUGUAGAUUUCUGAAGAUGGAGCACUUUGGUGGACAUAAUGCACAAGAUAGAUGUAAGCGCACUUUUAUGAAAAGAUGAUGUCUGUAGCCUUCUGACUAGAUGUAUGUAUAUGAGAAGUUAUAGUAAUUUAUUCAGGCAGCUUAGCACACAUUAUUAUUUUUGAGUGACAGUAUUUCAGUAGCUCGACUUUCUAGGCAUUUCAUACUGAACUCGUGGCAUCUGCAUCACACAGAACACAACCAUACUGUGCAGACAUCGGAGAGCAAGUUACUUCAACUUGUGCCAAAUAAUGUAGAAUUUAUUUUCUUACUCUGAACUUUUUCAGUCGUGACUGUUACAGAUCCUCCGGCGGCAUGGAAACACAGAUAUAAACAUGCAGACUAACGUUCCUUAUAGCGAAGCAUGUGUUUGUUAUCUAUUAUUCUGUUUGAAGUCAGUAUUAGUUCUAUGGUACAUUGAAAUGUAUUGCAGAGCACAAUGAAUGAAUGUCUAUGGAGCUCGAUAUUAAAAUGUGUUGAGGACAGGAAUCCUGAGAAGAUACGUUGUAAAGUUUAAAAUAAUAAUUGUCGCUGAUGAGAACAGAAAGCACAAUAACAACAAAGAGUAAUUGCGGCAAAUUGCUAAAUCGUUUAUAUUUUUCUAUUUAAAUCACAGUGUGUAUGUGUUGUGAUAGGAGCGUCAUUUCUAUCGCCCCUUCAUGAAAUGUCUUUUAAUGCAGUUCAUCACGUGACUGUUCCACUCUCCAUGAGUUAUGCCUAUUUUCAUAAAUGCCAUAAAGUAUUUUUUAUUUAUUCAUCUGAUUAGAUUCUGACUGAUAUACUGUUUGUAGCUUACACUUGUGUGUUAACAUACACACCUUUGGUUCUUUUACUGUAGCGUUACUGCCAUUCCCUGUAAUAUCACCUAAAGCAAAACUCUGAAAAUCCUGAUCAAUCCAAGACAAUCUGUAUGUUUUAUAAUCCCACAGAUGGACAGUAUAUGAGCCGGAGCUGCUAUCAGGUAUAAUCACCUGACAGUAUCAUUCACCACAGCGGGUGUGAGUAGGUUUAUGAAAGAGGAUGCGUGUGUAUAUACAAUGCUUUAAUACUGUUAUUAUUCUUUCCAUGAAAGAGCUGAAAUAGCCUGGAAGUGUGUUAUCUUUGCCUUAACUGUGAACAACAUGAUCAAUAAUUUGUUCAUUUACUCCCUCCACUCCUUUUGACCAGUUCACUGUUAAAAAUUGGUGUAAUCAUAUUCAAUAAAAAUG